CAUAGCUCAAAACCAGCAGGCACCUGCAGUCCCACCUGCACCUGUAGUUCCCCCUGCACCAGCAGCCCCUCCUGCACAAGAAUUACCUAACCAACUUUCUGCUGAGGCGAAACAUUUGAGGGACUUUCGGAAGUAUGACCCUCAGACGUUUGAUGGGUCACUGGAGGAUCCUACUAAAGCUGAAAUGUGGUUGUCCUCUGUGGAAACCAUAUUUAAUUACAUGAGAUGUCCUGAGGAGCACAGAGUUCAGUGUGCUGCUUUUCUACUGAGGGACAGAGGCAUUAUCUGGUGGAGGACUACAAUGCGCAUGCUAGGUGGAGAUGUGAGGCAGAUUACCUGGGAUCAGUUUAAGGACUGCUUCUAUACCAAGUUUUUCUCGGCUAACCUUAGAGACGCCAAAAGCCAGGAAUUCUUGGAGUUGAAGCAAGGAUAUAUGACAGUCGAGGAGUACGACCAGGAGUUUGAUAUGCUGUCACGUUUUGCCCCUGAGCUUGUUAGUAAUGAGCAGGCUAGAGCUGAUAGGUUCGUCAAGGGAUUGAGAGAUGAAAUUAGGGGUUUUGUGCGAGCACUAAAGCCCACUACCCAAGCUGAAGCACUGCGUCUGGCAGUGGAUAUGAGUAUUGGGAAGGAUGAAAGACAGCCAAGGAGCUUUAAUAAGGGAUCGUCGUCGGGUCAAAAGAGAAAAGUAGAGCAGAGAACUGUAGGAGUUCCUCAGAGGAACAUGAGACCAGGUGAUUCUUUUCGCAGUUUCCAGCAGAGUUCUGGCGGUGCAGGAGACACUACUCAAGAGAGGCCAGUAUGUAAUACGUGUGGGAAACGCCACCUGGGUCGUUGUUUGAUGGGAACGAGAGUCUGUUAUAAGUGCAAGCAAGAGGGACACAUGGCUGAUAGGUGUCCCUUGAGAUCUACUGGGGCUGGAUCGAGCAGUCAGGGAGAGAGACCUCCACAGCGGGGUACAAUCUUUGCCACUAAUAGAUCAGAGGCAGAGAAGGCCGGCACAGUAGUGACAGGCAAAGGAAAUAAAGGUGGCAAACCGGCGAGGGGCAGGAAGGAAGCGUGA